CCGGCUGGUACCUAACCUAAUUUGGCCAGUGUUUUCCACGGAGUUUGUCGGUGAACGAUCGAGGAUCACCGCAAGAUUAAUCGAGAAAUAUACUCGGUAACAUAGCGCCGUCUUUUUAAGUAGACACCGUCAACGUGGUCCGGAAGUAUAUUUCCGAUCGGAAAAAUGACGUGCACGGAUUAGCUCGAGAUGCUCCUGCCGAAAAAGCUUGGGACGUUAUCUCGUCUGAUAUUAUGGCGGUUGACUGCCGUGUUACUGGUGCAGACAUCCCAUGUGCCGGACGAAUAUUGGCAGUCCCUGGAGGUGGCUCAUCGUGCAGCCUUCGGCUACGGGCACCUCACCUGGGAAUGGACGACGAUGAUUCGCAGCUACACUUAUCCAUUCUUAAUAUCGAUCCUCUAUCGCAUACUCGCUGUGUUCUCCGUAGACUUCGCGUGGCUCCUGAUGAUAUCGCCUCGAGUCUUGCAAGCUGUCCUGGUUGCUUACGCGGAUUACAGAUUCUACCAGUGGACUAAGUGCAAGUGGAUGCUGCUGGUCUUGUGUCUCAACUGGUACUGGUACUACUGCGCCACCAGGACCUUGAUAAACACCGUAGAGACCGCCUGCACCACCAUAGCCUUGACCAUGUUCCCGUGGAAGGGUAGUCAUGCGCAAAGUGUGAAGUUCCUGUGGAUCGUGGGCUUCCUCAGUAUGGCGAGGCCCACCUGCGCGAUCAUGUGGCUUCCUCUGUGCGCUUAUCAUAUUUCUACAAGCACGGAGAAGAGAGCGACGUUACUCGGGCGAUAUGUGGCAAUAGGCUGCGCGUGUUUCGUGAUCUCCGUACUGAUAGACAGCAUCUGUUACGGAACACUCGUCGUCACCCCGUGGAAGUUCUUCCGAGUGAACGUGCUCGGAGACAUUGGCAGCGUGUACGGCACGCAGCACGCGUUGUGGUACAUUUUCGCCGGUUUGCCGGUACUGCUCGGCCUGUAUUGCGUUCCGUUUCUCCUCGCCGCUUGGCGAAUACUCAGACAUAUCGUUCACUUCCAGCGCGAGACGAUCAUGCUCGUAGCCAUCGGCUGGACCUUGACGGUUUACUCCUUGUUGCCCCACAAGGAAUUCCGAUUCGUACUGCCGCUCCUGCCGCUCUUCAUCUACACGAGUUCCGCGUGCACGUACCGUCUACCGAAGGUCACCGAAUUCGCGCGUAAGACCGCCCUGGCGUUGUUGGUGUUCAGCAACGUCAUGCCCGGCCUUUACUUCUCCCUGAUUCAUCAACGCGGCGCGUUGGACGCGAUGGGACUCUUGCGGGACGAGAUCGCCCGCGCGAGCCCUACCUCGCGGCCGACGGACACGCUGAUCCUGACCCCGUGCCACGCCACACCGCUCUACAGUCACUUGCACGUGAACGCGUCCGUAAGGUUCUUGACGUGCGAGCCGAAUCUGAACGGCGUCGGGGACUACGUGGACGAGGCGGAUCGAUUUUUCGCGGAUCCGGCGGCUUGGCUCGACGUUAAUUACGUUAAUAACAGCGCGGUCCCGUUGCCCACUCACGUGAUCGCGUUCGACUGCGCUGCGAGCAAGAUAGCGAGAUUUCUGCGCCCGUACAAGCUGAUCGCCAAACUGUUCCACACGCAUUUCCCGGAAUCGAAUUACGGGAGAUACGUGUUGCUGUACAAACACGCGACGUUCAGUUGACCAAACGAACGAAUGCGCGCGCUUCGCCACGUGGACGUGUAACAAGGUGAGUGGGAAUUGCGCGUGACGAGCAAAGUGAAAUAUAAUAAUAAAAUGAUA